AUGCGAAGGGGAGAAAAACGAAUAGCGAUGCGAAUAGUUUAUCAAGCCGCUCAAAUAGUUGAAAAAAACACCGCUUCGCCUUUUUUGAGUGUUUUGGAAAAAUCGGUGAUGAAUGUCAAACCUAGUUUAGAAACCAAAAGUCGCAAAUUUGGAGUAGAAAGUGCCAAAGAAAAUAAAGAAUCUAAACCAAUGUUCGAAAAAUUAGCGGAAGAAAUUAAAAACGCUUACAAUAAAACUGGCGGAGCUUUCAAAAAGAAAGAAACUAUCCACAAGGAAGCCAUGGGUAAUAUGGAAUUCGCUCCUGCUUCUUUUAAUCGCUAG